AUGAACCUUAUUGGAAUACUAGGGUUUGCUAUUGCAGUGGUGGCCGCGAACCAAAAGGCCAUUCGGGUGAGCCCCACCGUUUACGCUACGUUACCUCCGUUGCCCAGUUUAAGCAGGGUUAGUGAAAGUACAGGCGGGAGUGCUAGUAUUAGUAUAACCACAAAAGCUAGUGUUGGUUACGUGGAACAGUUUCUUAAUUACCAGCAAGUCACCAGCCAGUCGGUUCCACUAGGGUUGAAAACGAAAAUUAAGAAUUACGGAGACUCCUUAUCAGACCCUCAUGAUUUAAAAUCAUUUACUCAGCAGAUUGUGGGCAAUGGCAAUGACGAUGAUGAUUAUGACGAUUACUCUUAUAAACGAUACGGGGUUGCACCAGCUAAUGAAAACAAAUUGAAAAAAAUCGAUAUCAGCGAUUUCAUCGAGUACCUUAUUAAUGAAAAGGGCUUUGAUGCCAAAGAUUUGCAAUUUUUGAAAUCAAAAAAUUUAGAUCAUGGCACCGAGGAGAUUGAGAGAGAGUUGAAUAAAAUUAAGAAAAGAAAGAUGAAAUAA